UUUUUUAAAGCAUGUCAAAGAAGACACGCCUGCCACUCAUGCACAAGUUGAUGUUGCACAACCUAGCACCAGUGCAGAUUUAUGUUGGAGUUAUGAGGCUGACAGGUGACUCCCUAAAACCUGUAAGAGGGAAGUCACUCCCUCUUGACAUUCAGCCUCACUGGACAUCAGAGCAGCUAUUGGCUUCUGCUGUUAAAAAACAAAUAGAUUUUAACCAGGACAUGCAGGAUGUUGUCCAUGUUUUGUUGUACCCUGAUGGCAGACAAGUGAUAAACAUCCCAGGAACAGAUGACCCUUUCACUGUCCAGAAGUACAAGGAGGCAUUAGGGAAGGCCUACCAGAAGAUAACACUAUACAUUUGCACUGCAGAGGAUUUUGAAACCAGUUGUGGACAGUCUUCUAGUGAAGAUGACAGUGUCGUCCAUGUGAACGUGCCAUCUGUGGAAAGUGAUCUCUCUGACACUGUGGUCUGGGACAUUCCAGAUAGUGUGAGCACACCAAGAAUGGAGAAAGUUUUGCAGGGACCCUCCAAAUGCCAACAACCAGAAUCUCAUCAAGAUGGACAGCAACCAACUGCCCAGGAACAGAAUCUGAAUACCUGUUAUAGGUAA